AAGUGUACAAUACGCACAGCUGUGGCGUUUACUAAAUUAGUGAAUAAUAUAAAGUGGCUACCGGCCGGCAGCGCGAAACGAAAACAGUCAGUCUUCUUCUGACUGUGAACCUGUGAGUGUCACUAAUUCAACUUAGUUUUCGACUUCGUCAGUACCAGAUUAAACAAUGGCCUGCUCAGUAGAUGCCCCUUCCCUCAAGGACCUCCCGAAGGUCGCUACCGACCUCAAGAGUCAACUAGAGGGCUUCAACCAGAGCUGCUUGAAAGAUGUUGACACCAACGAAAAGAUUGUGCUGCCCUCUGCCGAAGAUGUUGCUCAAGAAAAGCAACAUUCGGCCCUGCUACAAGGUGUUGAACACUUCCAACCGUCUUCCUUGAGGAGAACAGAAACCGUUGAAAAAAUCGUAUUACCCAAUGCAUUAGAUGUUGCCGCAGAGAAGUCUCAAAAAUCCCUAUUUGAUGGUAUUGAAAAAUUUGAUGCCACCCAACUGAAGCACACAGAAACGCAAGAAAAGAAUCCGCUUCCCGACAAAGAUGUUGUGGCUGCGGAGAAGGCACACCAGAACCUGCUGACAGGCGUCGAACACUUCGACAAGAGUCAGAUGAAGCAUGCGAUGACCGAAGAGAAGAAUCCCUUACCAGCACAAGAAGCCAUCGAAGCUGAGAAGGAGAAGAACAAAUUCUUAAAUGGAAUUGAAAACUUCGACCCCACUAAGUUGAAGCACACGGAAACUUGUGAAAAGAACCCCUUGCCCACCAAGGAUGUCAUUGAUCAAGAGAAGACGGCCUGAAUCACUCCUUCCAAAAUAAUCUUAAUCAUCUGUAUCUCGCUAGUAUCAAACUAUGUUAUACUAUUGAAGUAAGGUAUUUUAAGCGUGGGCCGGUUUGCAUUGCCCGCUUGAAAUAUUGAGCAAUAUUUCCUUCGAUGGCCAAUGUGAUGAGUUGGAAUUGUAGCCGGCUGUUAUCAUUAAAUUGUAAGAACCAAAAUUAUUUUCUAUAUCACUCCUUUACAAUUUACGUAAUUAUGUAAGAGCAUUUUAUUUAUAUUAAAAUGUAAGAGUAUUAUUUCUUCAGUACUGAGUAUAUGUUUAAUAAUUAUGAUAGAUUUCAACCUUGCAUUUUUAUGCUAUGUAGGAAUUAGACUUGCAGAUUUAAUAAAAGGUAGUGAAGUAAAUUAUUGGAAAAAAACCUUGUAAGAUCAUUAAAAUUACGAUAUCAAGUUACCUACCUAAUUUAUUAUUUUAUCAUAAUUAAAAUAUUACUGUAUUCAUGUUAAAAUAACAUAGAACUAAGAAAAUAUUCAUCGAAUACUGCUAAGUACUGCUGUAAUAAACAAAUUGCUCAAAGUGCCGUUUUUAAACAAUCAAUUAUUUUAAAGUGAUUUUUGAAACGAUAAUAAAUUUGAUAUGUCAUAUACAACAAGUGUAUCCGUAAUUAUUUUAUCAAUUUAGUAUGCUAAUAAUAUCGAUGCCAAUAAGCCAUUUUAACCGGACUUUUGUAAGUUUUUACAGACGGUGCUUUUUUAUAAAUAUAGAAGUAAAAACACAA